UGGAGGUUCUUUCGAUAUCAAUAAAAAAGGCAAAUCUGCCAAACUUCGCCAUUGUUCGGAUAAAAAAGACAGCAUGUUCAUCUGAAUCAGUUUUAAUACAUUUGAAUAGAUAUACAUGUAUGGCGGAUCAUGUAAAUAUAAUGGACGUGAUUAUGGUGAUGGUGAAUUAUUUACUCCGAAUGGAGAUCCGUGUGAUUCAUGUAGUUGCCAGGAUGGUAAUUUACAAUGUUUACGGGAAACUUGUCCAAAUGUAGCUAAUUGUCCACCAGAACAACUUGUACCAUCACAAAAUGGUGAUUGUUGUCCUACUUGUGCAGGAUUUGGAACAAAUUGUACAAGAGUUGAUCUAGGAAUGGUAAUACGACCUCGACCUGAAGAUCCAUGUUUUUAUUGUGAAUGUAAGGAUGAUUUUAAUUGGUUAUGUAUGAAGGAUCAGUGUCCGCCAUUGAGUUGCCCACCUGAUGUACAGAUAAAGGAGAAAGGAAAAUGCUGUUCAUCUUGUCCAUCAUGUUUUGAUGAACAAGAAGGUAAAUACCAUAAUGAAGGAGAUAGUUGGUUAUCAUUAGAUAAUCCUUGUGUUAACUGUGAAUGUCACGAUGGUUUAAAACAGUGUAGUACUGUAGAUUGUCCACCAUUAUUUUGUGGUGUGAAUGAACAGAUUAUUAACCAACCAGAUUCAUGUUGUGGUGUCUGUCAACCAAUGAAACUAGUAGAAUGUUUCUAUGUAGGAAGGAGAUAUGAGCCUGGUGAAGAAUGGACAGUUGAUGAAUGUACUAAAUGUCAGUGUAUAGGUGGAGAGGUUAAAUGUACAAGUCAACAUUGUUUACCUACAGAAUGUCGACCUAAUGAAGUGCCUUCUAUAAAACCUGGUAAUUGUUGUCCUGUCUGUGAACAAAAGCCUGGUAGUUGUCUAGUAUUUGGAGAUCCACAUUAUAGAACAUUUGAUGGUACAACAUUACAUUUUCAAGGACAGUGUAAAUACAUUAUGGCUGCUGAUUGUGAAGCUGAUAGUUUCAGUGUAGAGAUACAACAUGAUAAUCGUGGUGUUGCUGGUGAUGUUUCCUGGGCUCAAAAUUUUACAGUUAAAAUUGCUGGUUUGACUAUAGACCUUCUACAAAAACAUGCAGUUCAGGUCAAUGGAGAAAGAGUAUUGCUACCAUAUUUAUAUGAACCACAUGUACAAAUAGAACUUAGUGGUAAUACAGUUUUACUCAAUACAGAUAUAGGAAUGAGGUUAUUAUGGAAUGGAGAGAGUUAUGCUGAAUUAAGUGUACCUGGUACUAUGAAGAGAAAAUUGUGUGGUUUAUGUGGAAAUUUUAAUGGCUUCCCACAAGAUGAUCUGAGAACAAGAUUAGGUCAAAUAACCAACUCACCGGCUGUCUUUGGUAAUAGCUGGAAGGCUAAAACUCAAUAUAAAGAUAGCUGUCAAGAUGCGAAGGAUAUUGACCCAUGUUUAAAGGUUGGUUACAGAGUUCGAAAAUUAGCUACAACAAAAUGUGCAGUUAUCAAGAGUAAAGUAUUUUCAAGAUGUCAUCGAGCUGUCUCACCAGAACCAUUCUUUGCCUCAUGUGUAUAUGAUAUGUGUGUUUGUAUGGAGAAUCCCAAUUGUUUAUGUGAUAUUUUGGCAUCAUAUGCUCACGUCUGUGCUAAAGCUGGUAUUAAAACACAAUGGAGAACCAGUAAAUUAUGUGCAUUUGAUUGUCCUGCUGAUAGUGGUUUAAUGUUUGAUGAUUGUGGUCCAGCUUGUCCGAGAACAUGUGAAAAUCUAAAUACACCUCUAGGAAAUGUCAGUGAGAACUGUUUUAAACCUUGUGUAGCAAGCUGUCAGUGUUCAGCAGAUAAAGUUCUUCAUGCUGGAAAAUGUAUAAAUCCUAAAGAAUGUCCAAAUAUUAAUUCUUAAGAUUUUUUUUUAUAAACUAGUUACAAAUCGAUUACUGUUCAAUUUUAUAACAAAUAAGCAUUAUUUUAUUCUACCUCAAGAAGCAUAAAAGUGUUAAAUACAAUCAGUUUAUCUGAAUUAGCAGGAAUAGAUAGAAACUUACAAAAUGUUGUACCGGUAAGUAAAUAUAGCGUUUGUCAUAUUAACAUUGUGUAUCACUUGGUGUGAAAUUAGAUCAUAUUUUUGGAAUUAGAACAUUAUGUCAGGUCAUUAAAGUAAUGUGAUUGUACAUGUCAUAAAGUCAUCAAUUGAAUGUAGAAAGUAGUGUUGUUUACAUCAUUUUUUGCUCAAGAUCUGUUAAAAUGCCUAUUUAAGGUCAGAUUGAUUAAUAAUUCAAAAGACACUACCUCAAAAUUAGCCAAAUUUUAAUGUUAUUUUUAAAUAUUUACCAAACGAUAAUACUUAAUACAAUAUUAACUACUGUUUUAUAUGUUAUAUCAAUGUAUUCUUCUCUUAUAUCAGAUCCACCAGAACUAAUUCUUCUAAAUACUGUUUAAUGACAAGUAUUACAAAAGUGACAGAUAUGUUAUAUAUGCAUAUUCUGAAUGUUAUCAUAUCCCAACUUUUUAUCUUUUUUUUUUUAAGGAAAUCACUUAAAGUUUGAAUGUGAUGUACACAGAAUAUGCAUAUCUAUAACAUAUAUUUCCUUGUCGGUCACUUUUUGCUAUACUUUGGAUGCUAUUGACAUAAAAAAACGUUUGUAUAGGCCUAAAAUAGACACCAAUAUUAACUACUGUUUUAUAUGUUAUAUCAAUGUAUUCUUCUCUUAUAUCAGAUCCACCAGAACUAAUUCUUCUAAAUACUGUUUAAUGACAAGUAUUACAAAAGUGACAGAUAUGUUAUAUAUGCAUAUUCUGAAUGUUAUCAUAUCCCAACUUUUUAUCUUUUUUUUUUUAAGGAAAUCACUUAAAGUUUGAAUGUGAUGUACACAGAAUAUGCAUAUCUAUAACAUAUAUUUCCUUGUCGGUCACUUUUUGCUAUACUUUGGAUGUUAUUGACAUAAAAAACGUUUGUAUAGGCCUAAAAUAGACACCAAAUAAUAGAUACACAAUUCGAACCAAUUAUUAUGUUUAAUAAAAAGUAAAUAUAAUCUGUCAUCAAUAACUUUUGUAUUAAGAUCACUAGCAACAUCACAAUUUGUAAAUAAACUAUGUUUAUGUUGACAGUAUUUUGAGGAUGUUAGGAACUAAAUAAAUAGUUUUUAAUGGAAAGCCAGAACUCAUAAAGUUCUGUCCAUCUAUUGAGUUUAGUUGCAUUCCAACUAAAUAUCAUGAGUCCCCAUCUGUCUUUCUCUUCCUCUGCAUUACUUGAUUGGUUUUAUACCUGUAUUUUUAGCAUUUGUUUGGUGUUAUAUGUCCAUUAGUUCUAUGUUUUAGUGACAAAAUUUGAAUUUUUAAAUGGUAAUUUUAGACAAGAACAAAGUAGAGGGUAAAUGAUAUUAUAAAAGCGAUUUGUUCAUUUAAAUGGUUACAUUAUAUUCAUGAAUUAUAUUAUGUGCAAUAAAGUUGAUGUGCAGUUUUUA